UUGAUAUUAGAUUUUUGCAGAAGAGAAGAGUGUUGCCCUUUCCAUCAUCAUGGCGGCGAGUUUAGGUAGACUGUACGGAAAUCGUCUUUUAAAAUUAAACCCCAACUCCAUUCCGAAACAGAUAUGUUUAUAUUCUACCGCUCAGCCUUGGACAAAGGGCCGAAAGGCGAUGCUGACCAGCCUGGGAUUGCUGACAGGAGGUGCGGGCUGCCUGCUGUAUGCCCUGGAGACCUCGGUGAGGGCUAGUGACCUUGAACUGCAUCCGCCCAAGUACCCCUGGGACGUCACCAGCGGUCUGAUCAGCACGUUCGAUCAUGCUAGCGUGCGUCGAGGCUACGAAGUGUACAAGAACGUGUGUGCCGCCUGCCACAGCCUGAAGUACGUGGCCUUCCGCGAGCUGGUGGGUCAGACGCACACCGAGGAAGAGGCGAAGGCCGAAGCAGAGGAGGCCAUGAUUGAGGACGGGCCUGACUCGCAGGGCAACUACUUCAAGCGACCCGGCAAGCUCAGUGACUACAUCCCGAGUCCCUACCCCAACGAAGAGGCGGCGCGCGCUGCUAAUAACGGGGCCUAUCCACCUGACCUCACCUACAUUACUAUGGCCAGACAUGGCGGACAGGACUACGUAUUUUCGCUGUUGACGGGCUACUGCGAUGCGCCGGCCGGUGUUACCCUGCAGGAGGGCCAACACUACAACCCCUACUUCCCAGGCGGGGCCAUCGGUAUGGCCCAGGCUUUGUACAAUGAGAUCAUUGAAUACUCGGACGGCACGCCGGCCACCCAGAGUCAGCUAGCUAAAGACGUCACCAACUUCCUGCACUGGACAGGAAACCCCGACCACGACACCAGAAUGCUUUACUUGCUUAAGAGUAUGAUCAUUCUGGGAGUGCUCACAGGCUGGUCCUUCUACUGGAAGAGGUUCAAGUGGUCCAACUUGAAAACGAGGAAAAUCUUUUUCAAACCUCCCCCACCCCCACCAAAAGUAUAAGUCAGAUGAUGGUAAUGAUAUUGCUUAGUUGAUUUAUUCGGAUCACUCCGGUCUAGAUGAUUACAAACAAAACAAUACGAUUAAAAAUGGUGGAUCUUUUAGUAUUAUUAAAAGUGAACAAGUAUAAAACAUCUAGGCAUUUUUGAAAUUUAUAGUUGCGUUGUACAACAGUUUUAUCGUUGUAUAUCGUACGAAUAUAUUAUAUUUUCUGUUGUAAAUAAUAAACAUAAUGCUCAUUUUUGUCCACGGACAACAGAUUUCGCAUUUUUCUGUCAUUUUUCGUUGAAACCGGCUCAGUUGCUGCUUCUAAUGAAAUUAUUGUGAAUACAUAGAUCAUUCAUGAUGUAUAUUGAAUAUACUGUCGUAUUUUAAUUAGUGAAAGCACGCUAACUUAUGUUGUGUGGCAAUAACCAGAUUGUUUCGAUGAGUUGUAUGUAUAUACCUAUUACUAUAAAUAGUGAUAAACGUUAAGAACGCUUGGAAGGAGCCGAAUUUGUGCUCCGCGUAGCGCCUAUGUUGGAAAUCAAAUUGUUAAUAAAACUAUUGAGAUCUUGCCA